AUGGAUGUUGAGCUUACCCAUGAGCAGUCCAAGGUUGUCGAGCUCGCGGAGGAGGCGCAGAUAUAUUAUGACGAACAUAUCAAGCCUUUGGUGAUGGCUGAGCAAGAAGCCGGAAAUGUGGCAACUUCUGGCAAGCACGUGGCCCUUGGUCGAAAAUUCUCGAAGGAGUUACUUGAAGACGAGACUGAGGAUAUCAAGACAGAGAUUCGUGCAAAGUAUGAGGAACAACUCACUCGUAAGAAGUGUGCCAAGCGUGGCAAGAACAUUCUUGACGACGACAAUGAUGACGACGAAGAGUUAGAUGCAGAGGCAAUCAUGUGGAUUUGUCAGCUUGGACUGCCACUCACGCAGAGAAGGUGUCAUCCUUCAGAAACACCUCAAGGCAACUCCUUCGCCGAGCUAUACCAGACGGCUGAUAGCGACUUCUUGGCAACCUUCCAGCAGUACGCGGUGUCAUGCAUGAUACACAAGAGGUGUGAUAAGGAAGGCAUAUUCAGCCAACAGACUUUCUUUUCAGCCACCAAGCAUGUUUUAAACAGGCUGACUCAACACACCAAAUGGCAUUGGCCUCCAAAAGGUAUAUAA